AUAGUCUUCUUGGCAAACUUUGUGCCAGUAAAUAAUGUAUAUAGUGGCAAAUACAGGCAGCCUAGAGGAAAUAGGAGCUGAUACUGUUGUCUACUGUUCUCUUAGACAGUAUUUCUCUCCUUUCCAUCUCAUUACAGGCAAAAGGUCCAUGGAUCUUCAACAGUAACUCUGUAGCCUCUGUGGCUUAUGGCCCAGAUUUUAGGAAGGAUUGGCAAAAAAAAAAAAAUUAAUGUUCAUAUAUCUAAACUCAAAACAAAAUACAUGAUCAUGUCUAUUCUGUAUUAGGAUAGUAAGGAAAGAUUGUUUUGUCACCAUUGUAGCCUUGGAAUAUUGCCCAGACAAGUUUUUCCUAGUACUGUAAUUUCGAAUUUAAUCUGUCUUAGCUCUUCAAGAAUCCUUGAAAGUACAUGUUUGCAAAAAGACUGUUCUUCUGAAGGACAAAUUUCAGCUUAUAAGGCAGAGGGCGAGAGCUACGGACUUAGUUGGGUGCAAGGGACUUGGCUGGUGCAGCACUCUUCUACUGCCUAUGUGCUCAAUCUUUGGCCAUAUAUUGGCUGAGAAGAAACGAAGAGGGAAAGGUCUUACUGCAACAGCUGCUGCAGAGUGACUAAUAACUGGUCAACUUCAAUUGAUUCAGGUACCUCCAAAGGGAGGAAAUAUCACCAAUAUGAGGUGCUAAAUUAUGGCCGUGUGGAUCCAAGCUCAACAACUUCAAGGAGACGCUCUAAGACAAAUGCAGGCCUUAUACGGACAACAUUUCCCUAUAGAGGUUCGCCAUUACCUCUCCCAGUGGAUUGAGGCACAGCCAUGGGAUUCUAUAGACCUUGACAAUCCUCAGGAGGGUGUCAGAGCUGCACAGUUGUUGGACGGACUGAUCCAGGAACUUCAAAAAAAGGCAGAGCACCAAGUGGGCGAGGAUGGCUUCCUUCUAAAGAUCAAACUAGGUCAUUACGCUACUCAGCUACAGAAUACAUAUAAACACUGCCCUCUGGAGUUAGUACGCUGUAUUAGACACAUCCUAUACCACGAGCAACGACUAGUUCGAGAAGCUAGAAAUAGCCCAUUACUAGCUAGCAGCAUGGCUGAUGCCGUGACUCAGAAGCAUCUUCAGAUCAACCAGACUUUUGAUGAAUUACGCCUGAUCACCCAGGACACUGAGAACCAACUGAAAAAGCUUCAGCAGCAUCAGGAAUAUUUCAUCAUCCAGUACCAAGAGAGCCUUCAUCUACAAGCCCAAUUCACUCAGCUCUCUCAGCUAAGCCCACAGGAACGUAUGGUCCGUGAGCCUACUCUGCAGCAAAAAAAGUCAUCUCUGGAAGCUUGGCUACACCGGGAGGCUCAGACACUGCAACAGUAUCGUGUAGAACUGGCUGAAAAGCACCAGCAGACACUGGCUUUGCUUCGCAAGCAGCAGACUAUAAUCUUGGAUGAUGAGUUGAUCCAGUGGAAGAGGAGGCAGCAACUAGCAGGAAAUGGUGGCCCUCCUGAGGGGCCUUUAGAUGGCCUGCAAGCAUGGUGUGAAAAACUGGCUGAGUUCAUUUGCCAGAACCGCCAACAAGUACGCCGUGCUGAACACUUAUACCAGCAGCUGCCUAUUCCAGGACCCAUUGAGGAAUUGCUCUCAGAUGUUAAUGGCACCGUCACAGACAUAAUUUCUGCUCUAGUCACUAGCACAUUCAUAAUAGAAAAGCAGCCUCCACAGGUGCUAAAGACUCAGACUAAGUUUGCAGCAACAGUACGACUACUGGUUGGAGGAAAGUUAAAUGUUCAUAUGAACCCCCCACAAGUAAAAGCCACCAUCAUCAGUGAGCAGCAAGCCAAAGCUCUACUGAAGAAUGAGAGUACCCGCAAUGAGUCCAGCGGUGAUAUCUUGAACAAUUCCUGUGUUAUGGAAUAUCAUCAGGCAACUGGAACACUGAGUGCUCAUUUCCGCAACAUGUCCCUGAAGCGGAUCAAGCGUUCAGAUCGUCGUGGUGCUGAGUCAGUGACUGAGGAGAAGUUCACCAUUCUUUUUGAGUCUCACUUCAGUGUAGGUGGCAAUGAGCUGGUAUUCCAGGUGAAGACAUUAUCUCUGCCUGUGGUGGUAAUUGUGCAUGGCAGCCAGGAUAAUAAUGCCACUGCCACAGUGCUGUGGGACAACGCUUUUGCAGAGCCAGGACGCGUGCCCUUUGCUGUGCCAGACAAAGUGAUGUGGUCCCAGUUGUGUGAAGCUCUCAACAUGAAGUUCAAGUCUGAAGUCCAGAGCAGUCGUGGACUCACCAAAGAGAACUUCCUCUUUCUUGCCCAAAAGCUCUUCAAUAGCAGCAUGAAUCAUUUGGAAGAUUAUAACAAUAUGACUGUCUCCUGGGCUCAGUUCAACAGGGAGAAUCUUCCAGGACGAAAUUAUACAUUCUGGCAGUGGUUUGAUGGAGUGAUGGAGGUCCUGAAGAAACAUCUGAAGCCUCACUGGAAUGAUGGGGCUAUUCUAGGUUUUAUCAACAAGCAGCAAGCACAUGAUUUGCUAAUCAGCAAACCAGAUGGAACUUUCCUCUUGAGGUUCAGUGACUCUGAAAUUGGAGGGAUUACAGUUGCCUGGAAGUUUGAAAAUGCUGAGAGAAUGUUCUGGAACUUAAUGCCUUUCACCACCCGUGACUUCUCCAUCCGCUCCCUGGCAGACCGCCUUGGUGAUCUCCCAUAUCUCACUUAUGUGUAUCCUGACAGACCCAAGGAAGAUGUUUUCUCCAAAUAUUAUAUGCCAAUCACUUCAGCAAAGGCUAUAGAUGGAUACGUAAAGCCACAGAUCAAGCAAGUUGUACCAGAGUUUGCUGCCUCAUCAGGAGACUCUAUUGGUGCAGGGACUUCCUACAUGGAACAAGCAUCCUCACCAGCUGUUUGCCCUCCUGCUCCUCACUACAACAUGUACACACAAAAUCCUGACUCAGUGCUGGAUCCAGAAGGAGACUUCGACUUGGAUGAUUCAAUGGAUGUGGCACGACAUGUGGAGGAGUUGCUGAGGCGCCCCAUUGACAACCAGUGGAUCUCCCAUAAUCAGUCUUGAUCCUGCCCCUUCCCUGGAGAGACCAUGAGGCAACUGUGAAAUAUUAGAAGCACUUCCCUGAGGGAGUUUGUAGCUGCUGCAAGAAUGGGUUUCCUCACCCUGUGGGGAAUCUCUGGCUGAGAGGGUAAGGUACCAAAGGGACAGUGGGUGCUGUUUCUCCCCUCACCCAUGUGGGGAAGGCAGUAGAGUGUUUUGCUUGAUUUUCUAUCUGCUCUUCUGAGAAGCUUGCCUCAGGCUUUCCGCUUCUGCACACCGACUCCUUCUGCCAAGCUAUCAUUUCAUUUAUGCUGGGAACCCUUCUCUUUCCUCCUCCUCCUCCUCCCAGAAUGUAAUACACACUGCCCUUCUUGUCUAGAAGCCUUUUGGUAUCUGGGACAAGAAGUGAGUAGAGUUAGGUAGAGUUAGCCUUAUUCAAAGUCUUGUCAUUUAAUGAUUUAUUUCUAUUCUUUGCUCCUUCCAAGAUAAACAGUAUGCUUGUGCCUGCAUUUGACUUACGCUUCCAGGGUACAUGCCUGUGUGCAGCUUUCUGUGUAAAAAAGGCAUUCAGUCUGGGAGCGUUGCUUUUUUUUUUUUUUUUUGGGAGCCUUUGAUGCAGUGCAGCCCACCCCUGCCUUAGUGCUCUGGAGCCCUUUUUUUGCAGGCCUAAAACCCACUUCCAGCUUUUUCAAUUUGCCUUGUUGCAAGAUGCUUACUUACCUCUAAGUAAUUUAGUGCUAUUGGCUUUUGACAUGUCAGAUGCUUUUUUCCUACGAAUCACAAAUACAGCAGAUUGUGGAGGAGGCUUUCAUUAAAAUACAGAAUUACACUUAGAAUAAUGGUUUCCCUCUUCUUGAAUUUGAGGGCAGUGACUGGAGAGCAGUUCCAAGGAUUUAACUGAUAAGUACAGAGGAAAAAAGACCUUCUGACUUCUAAAUGUCCCAACAAACUUUUAUAUUUCUCUUCUCUCCCUCCACUGCCUCCUCAUUAGGCUGAACAACUGGGAAAACAGAUUCAUAUAUGCACUAUUUUUAUACCUAGUAUUCAGUAAAGCUCAGAUUAUUUUAACAGUUACAGAUUUUACAUAUAUAUCUGUGGGCCAGGUGCUAUAUUUAGAAAAAUGGCCCAAUUUCUAGUCCAGCCACAAUUAUAUUUUUGUUGGGAUUUACAAACUACCCAACAAAAGUCAUAUGGGGCAUGGGAGAGCUUAUUUUAAAAUAUAAACAUUAGGUAAUUUUAUCUAAGCAAAAAAUUUUGCAACAGAGGAGCUUGACUACUUUUUACUCCUCAGGAACUCCCCCAACUGCUGAUUGAGCUAAGAAAAAGCAUGUUAUAUGUACUUUGCCCUGCGGUAACUCUUAUAACAACUGUUUGAAGGUUAGAAAAUAUAUAUCUUUAGGGUAAACAAAGUCUAGUCACUUGGAAGUCAUCCUUAAAGAUCAGAUAUUGUUGAAACGAUUUCUUGCUUUCUGCUAAUAUUCUGUCCUCAAACAAGUCAUUUCUAGGAAUAACUAUGAUACUCUUUAGGAUAGUAUAUUCAUUAUAGUGGAAUCAUCAGCAAAUGCAUCAAUAGCUAUUGUCUUUGGAAAAUGAAUUUUCCCCACCCAAAAUAGGGUUAGUUGCUUCACUACUGUAACUCACUUCUCUUGCUAAUACCUGCAACAUAAGUAAAUUUCUCUCUGAACUCCCUGCAUUAUUUUGAAAAACUGGUAGUUAAAAUUUAUA